AUGGCCGCUCCCGGUAAUUUCCCCGCCACAGCGAUGAUGCUGGGCGCGGGCGCAAUGCCGGCUUUCGCCAUAGCGCGCAAGCCCCUCGGGUGCGUGGCUUUGCCCGGCGUCGGCCCGCUCAAGCCCAUCAACGAGGUCUUUACAUCGUUCUACCACGAUCUUCUCGCCAUCCCAACUGCCGACCCCGCUGUCGUUGCCGUCAAGCCUGUCGAUCCUGUCUCGUCUAAGGUUCCCUCGUCUCCGGUUCUCUCCACUCACGCUGUUUCUCCGGCCCCCGAGCCUGCUGUCGACGAUGGUCUCGAGGCUGCCAAGGAGGCCAAUGCUCCUCAAGAGGAGGCAUUGGCCCAGCAGCUUGCUUCGGACGACCCAGUAAUAGGUCAGGCUGUCGUUGAUCAUGUUGUCUCAACGUCGGAUGCAGUAGAACAGGUCCAGUCUUCCGAGGAUAUCGUUGUCAACCAUGCCGGUACCAAGUCAGACGAUCCUGCUGUUCCAGUUGCCAAUGGCGUUUCAGUCAAUGAAAAGGAACUUGUGGCGCCUCUAGAAGAGACUACCACGGCUGAAUCGAUUCCGGUUGACACGAUAAAGGAUGAUGCUGCCACGGCUGAGGAUCAACAACCUGUCGAGCCAGUCGAGGUCGAGUUAACUCUUGUCGUGCCCGCUGAGGAAACGGUCUCUGCCACAGAAACUGUCUCGGAUGCCAAGGACUCUGCCGAACUCGUUCAGGUUGAUGCUCAACCUGUAGUCAAGUUCAAGGCAGUCGAAGAGCUUGUUCCUGCUGUUGAGGAUUCUUCUGUCGACGUCUCUGAGCGUGCCCAGGUUGAUGCCCAGACUGCAGUUGAGACCGAGUCUGUUCUUGAGGUCACUCGUGAUGUCCCUGUCGAAAAUAUGACCUUCGAAGCGGCAGCUGAGGAGAGCGCUCCCGCAGAGGAACUACAGCCUGAGGUUAAGGAAACUGUGCAGGUCAACAUUUUUCCGGUCGAGCAGGAUGCCGUCACUGAGGUCAGCAAGGGCACUGUCGAGGAACCCGUCAAAGAGGCUACCGAGGUCAAAGAGACUCCUGCUGCUGUCGCUUCGGAUGCCCCUGUUGAGUCUUUCCCGGUUGUUGAACCUGAGGUCCCUGCACAGGAAGCUGAGACUGUCACUAGCGAGUUGGAGAAACCGGUUACUGUUGAGGAUGCUGCCCAGGUAAAGACUGCUAAGGCCAUCCCCCAUGUCGAGAAAACUUCCGUCAGAGAAGUUCCUGUCGAUGUUUCCACCGGGGUUCCCAUCGAGAAUGCUGUCGAAACUCCUGUUAAAGUUCCGGUUGAAGCUCUUGUCCAGUCUGCUGUCGAAGUCCACGUUGAGGCUGUUACCGAAGCUCCGGUUGAAGAAAGCCCUGUCGAGCAGACUUCCAUCGAAGCUCCUGUCGAGGAGUCUGCGGUUGCUGAAUAUCCGGCUUCCACCGUUGAGUCGACUCCCAAGGCUGAUGUCCCUGCUGCUGAUCCCCAGCCGGCCGUUGUGGAGACCAAGAACGCUGCUGUUUCAACCGAGACCGUCUCUACUGUUGCUGAUGCUGCUCCGGAAUCGGCCGAGGAUGUCAUUGCUGCUAUCACCGAAGUGCCGAACCAGACAGUGCCUGUCAGAGAGAUUCCGACUCCAGCAACCCAGGAAUUCAUUGGCGAUGCUACCCCCGAAGCUGAGACCCGCGAGGCUGAGAUUUCCGCUGCUGCCAAACCUAGGGUUGUCACCGAGGAGGUUGUUGAGACCCUUUCUUCUAUCGUUGAGGAAUCGGUUUCUCCGAUCGUCGAGGUUUCUGCCUCUCAGAUUGAGCCUGUCUCCAAGGAAAUUCCUGAGGUCGCUGUCGAGCCUGCUGAGUCCACCGUUAGCGAAGCGUUUGAAGCCAUUGAGGCCUCGGUUACUGUUGAGCAGGAUGCUCCUGUUGAUGUCUCCUUUGAAUCUGAGGUUCCCAUCGUCGAGGUUGAGCCCGGCACAAGCGAAACUGUCAAGGUUACUGCUUCAGCUGAGGAAUCUGUCGCUGACCCUCAGAACGCCCCUUCUGUUGAGACCGAGCUUGUCGCUGCCGAAACCGAGAUUCUCGCUGAGACUCAGGGAAAUCCUACUGCUAGGGCUGAAGCUGUCGUUGAGGAAACUGUGCAGGAUGCCGCUGUUCCCAAGAUUGAGAAUUUGUCUGCUCUCGACGCCAAAUAUGACGCCGAGGCUCCGUCUCAGAAGAUAGUUAAGGUUACUCAGUUUGCGGUUGAGGAGACUACAGUCACAGUUGAGGAACAGGAGACUACCGAAACUGGUGCUCCUACUGCCGCUAAUGAACCGGUCCAGCCUGUCAUCGGGGAUAGGAUUGAGGGAACAGCUCAGGUUACAUCUGAAACUGAGCAGAAUGUCGCCGUUGGGGCCUCUGAGAGCCAGACCGAAGCCAGCACUGAGAUCGAGUCUGUCCCCAUCACCGAGAACAUGGAGACUGCUGCCGAAAAUGCCACCGAGACUGUUACUGAAGUUGCCACUACGUUUGAGUCCCAGAAGCUCGAUGUCGAGCCCACGUUUGUCGUUCCUGUUUUGCCUGUUAUCCUCGAGGAUGAUUUCGACGCCGCCGUCUCCACGAACUUCGACUGCGAGUUUGAGCGCUUCCUAGUGGACGCCGAGGCAUGGUUCGUCCCGCAACUUGUCAAAAAUGGUAGCAACAAGUCAGAGCGCGACUCAUCCCAGAACGUUGAUUCUGCUCUGAACGUCCAGAACCUCCGUCUCGAGAAGGCUGCUCGCUCGCUCACCCUCACUAGUCCCAUCCUCCCCGCUUCUUCCCCCUCUGGCUGCAGCACCCCCGUUUCGGUCUCGAGGCCCACUACUCCCGGCCCGGCUGCGGGUGUGAGGAAGGCAACGAUGGGUCACUCCCUGCAAUCGCGGAGCGCCUCGUCCAGUAGUACUGCGUCGAGGAGCACUGCUUCGGCCGCGCUAUCGCCUUCCUCGAGGAGUACUACUUCUCCGGGGACGCCGAUUAAUGAGGUUAUUGAGCCGUUGACGGCGGUGAAGAAGGGGGCUGUGGUCCAGCAAGAGAAUGCCUUGGAGAGCAGGGAUUGA